CUACAUACACAUAUAUUCUCUAAAGGAGAGCGUCCCGUUUGCUAUAUUUUCAGUGCGCUACCCUUUCUUUAUCGUGCCCAACAUUUCUGCGAAUGAAUACAGUACGUGGCGGGGCAGUACGGUGAGUUGUAUAUUCGCGUCAACGUUAACACACAAAUAGCCCAAACAUCUUGAAAGGACUCGGAGCGGCUUACAGAAACUUUCUGACCGUCCGGCCGGCCGUCCAUUAUUGCAUUCGGCGUCAGUUGACAACAGCGAGCUACUUUCAUUCGCAAAAAAAUGGUUGCCGUUUUUUCCAGAAGUUCUCGGAUAUUUUCAUUUCAUCGAAUUUGGGUUAAAGCAUACUCUUCCUCAGCACAGCAAAACAGGUCAGGUAUUUUGACACCAGAAGUCCUGAAUGAAUUCCGUACAAAAUUCUAUGCAGACUCUAGAAAUGUCUUAGCCCAAAAUGUGUGCACAAAGAAUGAUCCUCUGGAAGCAUGUAUAUCGAGAAAAGUAUUGGAGACCUCGUAUCAUGCUUUCAAUUAUAAAAUAGACCCUGAAGGGAAACCUAUGACGAACCAAAAGCAUACCGGACGAUGCUGGGCUUUUGCUACUCUGAAUGUUAUAAGAAUUCCAAUUAUGAAGCAGUACAAUUUGGAUGAGUUUGAAUUGUCUCAAGCAUAUUUGUUCUUUUGGGACAAGAUUGAGCGAUGUAACUUUUUCCUGCAUAAUAUUGUAAAAACUGCAAAGCAAGGUGAACCAGUAGAUGGUCGAUUAGUAUCAUUUCUAUUGAAUGACCCAAUACCUGAUGGAGGACAGUGGGACAUGAUUGUCAAUCUUAUAAAUCGGCAUGGUCUAGUACCAAAGAUAUGUUUUCCUGAAACUUAUAGCGGUGAAAGUAGUGGUCGCUUGAAUACUAUUUUGAAAAGUAAACUGAGAGAGUAUUCAAAAGUUCUCAGAGACUUGGUAGAACGUGGAGCUUCCGAUGAAGAAAUCAAAUCUGAGAUCAAGGAACAGAUGAUUACUAUAUUCAGAAUUGUUAGUAUCUGCUUGGGAGUACCUUCAGAAAAGAUUGUAUGGGAGUACUAUGACAAGUCAAAAAAUUAUCAUCGUAUCGGUCCAGUUACUCCUUUGGAAUUUUAUACUAACCAUGUCAAGCCAUACUUUAACGUAGAUGAUAAAGUCUGUUUGGUGACAGAUCCAAGACCUUCAAAUCCAUAUGGCAAACUCUACACCUUGGAUUGCUUAGGAAAUGUUGUCGGAGGUAGAGAAACACUUUAUAACAAUCAGCCUGUUGAUUUGUUAAUGAAAUUGUGUGCAGAGAGCAUAAAACAAAACGAACCUGUUUGGUUCGGAGCUGAUGUGUCCAAACGGUGGGCCCAAAAACAGGGUCUCCAGGAUCUAAAAGCGCAAGAUUUCAAUUUGAUGUUUGGAACAGAUAUUCAAAUCUGUAUAUCCAAGGCUGACCGUCUUUUGUAUUGUGAAUCUAUGAUGACACAUGCCAUGGUGUUUACGGGAGUUUCCAUUGAUGAUGAUGAAAAAAUAAAAAAAUUCCGAGUUGAAAACUCGUGGGGUGAAGAACGUGGUGAAAAAGGCUAUCACAUUCUAACAGCUGAGUGGUUCGCAGAAUUCGUGUUUGAAGUAGUAGUCGAUAAAAAGUUUGUACCUCCAGAAGUUCUGGCUGUAUUUGAUAUGAAACCGAUUGUAUUGCCUGCAUGGGAUCCUAUGGGAAUGCUCGCUCAGUAA